UCUGACGGUUGUAAUCCCCGCCAUCAACAGCACUACCGAACUGAAACAAGCUCCCACUUUUAGAUAAACGGAUAACAUAAUACUGCAGAAUUCCUGCUUCAGCUUCCCGAAGGGCUAUCAAUGGCCGCUCUUAGUCUCGGCAUCGCCACCUCCACCAUCGUCACCGUCCGUACAAGGCCAAUAACAAGAACCACUCCCAGGCCUCGAAUCUCCUGCAUUGGAUUUGAUCCAGAGGGGUUAUUUGGUCCUCCACAGACGGGCCACAUCGCCCGACGCGAGUUCAAAAGACGCCUGGAGAGAGACGCCGAGCUUCGUGAGGCCUUAGAGCAACAAGCCCACGAAGAGAAAGAGCGUCGUCGAGCUCUUCGCCGAUCUCGGGUUAUGCCGGAUACUCCAGCGGAGCUUGUAGAGUACUUUCUUGACACUGAGGCUCAGGAGAUUGAGUUUGAGAUCUCGAGGAUGAGACCCAGAUUGAAUCAGGAAUUUUUCUCGCAUCUGCAAUUUGAAUUGGGGCAGCUUCGGUUUGCUGUUUCAAAAACAGAGGAUAUGGAGGACAGAUUGAUUGAGCUGGAAGCACUACAGAAGGCUCUACUGGAAGGCACAGAAGCCUAUGAUAAAAUGCAAGGUGAACUUGUAAAGGCAAGGAACAACUUAACCAGAAUCUUGACUUCGAAGGAUGUGAAAGCAACUUUGUUAGAGAUGGUUGAGAAGAAUGAAAUUAACAGAUCCUUGUUGACACUUCUUGAUGAAAAUAUAUCAAGUGCCAACCAAAGCAAUCAGAAAGAAGCAGCAGCUUACAUGGAAAAGCUUCGUGCAGCAAUGCUUAAGUACAUUACAGUUUAGCAAUCGAUGGUGUAUAUUACCUGUCAAGUUGACUGCAGUUAUUGAGAUGAAUUUGACUCUAGGUUCAUUCAAUAGGUUAAAUUUUGAGCCAAAAAGUUGAAGGAAAUAGAUGAAAUAUUGUAUAGAGUCCUGCUUUGUGACUACUUCAUAGUAUGCGUUGUAGCUUCUGACACUCCUGCCGCAAGAUUGGAAAUGGUACUGAAAUAGAAAUUUUUGUUACAGUUAA